AUGCUGAUGGCAUAUGCAAAUGCUUUGACUGACAAAUCCUAUCGUUUGGCCUCCAUCUUCGGAACUGAGCAGGACAAGGUCAACUGCUCCUUCUACUACAAGAUCGGCGCAUGCCGUCACGGCGACCGCUGCUCGCGGAAGCACGUGAAGCCUUCAUACUCGCAGACGAUCCUCCUCCCAAACCUUUACCAGAACCCAGCAUACGACAACAAAUCGCGCAUGAACCCAUCUCAGCUCCAGAACCACUUCGAUGCCUUCUACGAGGACUUUUGGUGCGAGAUGUGCAAGUUCGGCGAGGUGGAGGAGGUGGUGGUCUGCGACAACAACAACGACCAUCUGAUUGGAAAUGUGUACGCGCGAUUCAAGUACGAGGACUCGGCGCAAAAGGCAUGUGAUGAGUUGAACUCGAGAUGGUAUGCGGCGCGACCGAUAUACUGCGAGCUCAGCCCGGUGACGGACUUUCGAGAAGCCUGCUGUAGGCUGAACAGCGGGGAGGGAUGUGUGCGUGGAGGAUUCUGCAACUUCAUCCACAGGAAGGAGCCGAGUCCGGAGCUGGAUCGAGAGCUGGAGCUGAGCACCAAGAAGUUCUUGAGGAUGCGUGGAAAGGAUGAGAGGAGCAUGAGCAGAAGCCCUACUCCGGACCCGGCGAGGCGAAGAGAUGCUUGA